AUGACUGUCGACACUACCCAAAACGUAAAGAAAAAGAAUGUCACGAACCCAGCCCCUUCACGAGCUUUAGGGAACACGUAUAAAUCCCCCGUGAAGAAACGCAUUACCAGAAAGGAGCGCCAGAAGACGAAUUCCUACGUUCGGCAAGCGCAAAAGGAAAGCCUGGCUCUCAAAAUGCAGCAAUUGAUACAGUCUGCGCUACCGGGUCGGGCGGUCAGUGUGGAUAACGACGUCCACAUGAACAUGGACAUGUUGCCCUCUGACGCAUGUAUAACUCCCGACCCCCCUUCCAAGCCCACCGACAAUCACACAUCCAAGCAGCCAGUUGAAAAGAAGAAAUCCAUCCUUACGACCACGAAGAGGAUGAGAGAGCACGACCGAUGGCAUAGACUUAUCCCCCAACUCGCCGCCUGCUACCUACAGUAUCAACAAGGUCGCUACCGUACACCCAAGAAGGACCUUGUGGAUGGCCGUACAUUAGAGCAAAAGGCUCCAUGCAUCAGCCAGUGCAAAUCCAUGAAGGCCAAAACCUUGCUGUGCCUGCUAUUCGACCGAUGGGAAUAUGCGACCUUUACCCAUUGUCGAUGCAAUCCGAUAUCCACCGUCCUCCUGUCCCAUGGCUUCUUCCCAUCUGGUCCUGCGCAGCCACAAAUCGCCAUUGACCUAGACCUACUCGACUACUACGAAGCUCUGUUUCAAGCGUCGUUUAUCGCCGACAACGCCAUUGCCGCAGCUCAGAACAGUUUCUACAGAAAGAGGGGGUAUGUUCUUACGAACAGGCAACACCCAGUGAGUACCGACCAGAAGAAUUGCGUCCGCGCUGAAAUGAAUACCCACGGACAGGGACAAAUCGUCGACGAUCCCUUCAGGAAAAGUCUUGGGCGAGCCAGGGUCUGGUAUGCCGUCCUCAAGCAGCAUAUUGACGCCGAGAUAGAGAGUGCCAUAUGCAAGGCGCAACAGGAAGUGGAAGGCCAAAACCCAGGCGCCGCUCCCGACGACGCUCCCGAAGCGGCAGCAACUCCCGACGUGGUGAACCCGCCCCCCGCCCUUAGCCAAACUCCCGCGCCUGCCCAAACUCCCGCGCACAUAAGAACUUCUUCCGAUCCCGCUGGGACCGGAGCAGGUGACGUGGGAACCGGAGACAGCGCUUCGCUGUUUGCCGGACAGGAGCCCCAGCAACCACAGCAACCACGGCGGGAGUGUGAUAGGUACUUGCAGAACAUAUGUGCAGCGUGUUUCGGUGGUCAGCAAUUCGGCCGUCCCUUCAACAUAGGAUGUGACAUACAAGUUGCCACGGACGCCAACUUCUCCCAACGCCACCUCCGUUCGGUGGGCACCUGUUCCAAAAUUUUCAAGCGCCAACGUCUUAUUCCUAAAGAAGAGGUUGAUCGAGUUGGGGAGCUGAUAGAGAGAGCCCGUAAUGGUGAGCGCAAGGAGCGUGAGCCUGAGGUACCCGACGAAGCAAUCGACAACUGCCAAAGCACUCACGAAGCAGGGGAUGGCAGCAAGGCAAAAACCAACAGCGACCAUUUCGAUGACACAGGCAUGGCCGCCCUGAUCUGCCGCCACGACAUCCCUAUCUUCAUUGUCAACAUCGAUACGCCUGGAGAGCAGCACAAAUACGCGCUGGCGAUGGUCACCCGACUCCUCACCCUUCUACCCUCAAAUGCUACUGUCGGUGUCUUCUACGAUGUUGGGUGUGUGGUGGACAGAAGCUUGAAACAGUACGAGAUCCUCCUGAAAGACGUAACCGACCGACUGCGCUGGGCUACAAGCGCCAUGCACGCAUAUGCGCACCAAUGGUCGUGUCAGCUCGUCUACAACCCGCGUAUGGUGAAGGGAGCAGGCACAUUUGAUGGUGAAGGGGUGGAACGAUACUGGUCAGGGUCACGGAAAUUGAUACCACUGACGCGGAUGGCUCUGGGAGAGCGAAGGCUGUUUUAUCUAGAGUUGCAUGCAGCUGCCACGGCAGCCAAGCUCCACGAAGAGCUCGGAAUGUGGAUACGUAGGCGCCUGAAGGAUGGCAUACCGUCCCACGAGGAGGAAGCUGAGAAGUGUUUGGCGGGGUGUAAUUAUUCCGAGACGCAGUUGAGAGAGCAAUGGGAACUUCAGAAGCAGGCCCAAUUAUCUGUCCGUGCUCAUGCGCCCCAACGCCUCAAGAAGGAACUCGACACCGUGCUGCGGCUGCACAGAAACAUGGACAUGGUGGACAACUGCCUCGAAGACGCCCGUGCAACCCUCGGCUCCGCCAAAGGCUCCGACGUUAACAAGACAAUCGAGGCUCUUGAAGACAUGAAUGGCAGGUUAAAGGCCAAAGCAGAGCAGCUCUACGCGUCGCUGAAUGUUGCGGAGAUGUUUCCCCAACUUGAGGGGAUCGACCUAGCAUUCGUUCAAAAGCUGCUCCUCCUCCGCGAUCUCAAAAUUAACAUCCGGAAGCGAGCGGUGGGCAAUUUCUUCGAAUGGGAACGGUUGCAUCAGGCCGCAGGGGGAAGGCAUCAGGCGCUAGGCACCAUGUCGAAACGCACGCCAGCCCUUCUCGGGGAUAUCCGACUGUUUAACCGCUAUUGCACCGAAUUGAAGGAGAUCUACAAAAAGGAAUGGAACCUACCGCUUCCCAGCCCACUUACCGAAAAUCUAGUCACCCUUCGGGACGAUCCAACCCUCUAUGAAGAUGUCUGGAUUACGGUCAGCCCAGAAGGCAUACCACCGUGGCUUGGUGAUCCUGCAGUGCGAGAAGGUAUUCGAGGACUUCAUCGACGAGACCGCGCCCAGGAAGAAAGAAGGAGAAUUGGGGUGGAAGCGGAUAACAUGUGUCGGUGGUUUGGGCGCGAAUUGAAGGCGCUUGACCAUGCAAUCAGCGACCCGGCAAGUACGUAUUCUGGUCCUCCUAUUUCGUUCGCCCUUUCUCUUCUCUCCCAACCGCCAUGCAUUAGUGCAGCGUUGACAGUCCAUCCGACAGAUUCCCAUCUCCAAGAAGUCCUGCACCUUUGGCGGGACGCGCACCUCCAACUGAAACAUCGAUGGCGCACCUCUCUUGUUUCCGAUGUGCGGUACCAGUCACACAUAGACUCCUCGACGUUGGGCGGCCACCCGCGAUUCACAUUUCUCCCUCCAGCGACAAUCCCCGCCCAGGCCAACCAGGCGAAACCCCAAGUUCCGAACGACCUAGAACACUCGUUACCCCCAUCAAGUCACGGUCCAGACACGGCAGGGUUGGGCGCCGCAGUUGAGGAUAGUGACGAGGAACCCGAGGAACUUGACGACGAUGAGCAUGCCAACGAAGAUGCGAACCUUCCCCAUGACUCGUCAAAUCCACUCCGAGCACCUGACCCCAUCGAGCUCUUGGUGUUGGAUACUCUCGUGAGAGGCGAAGCAGACGACACUCUGGAGGACGCGCCCUCGUCGGCGCAUGACUACACCCCGCCCGUUACACUCGAAUGGCAUGCCCCGGCAGCACCUCUCCGCGACCAACUCCUGUUGAGUGACUUUCGAUACCCUCCGCAGCGCAAAGCUCUCCAAUCGCUGGACCCACGGGGAGUUUACCUGCAUGAGCAAAGUCGACCCAGCUUCGUAUUUGGGCGCCGGGAAAUCGACAUGCUGAGCGGACCGAACUGUCUGAACGACGAAUGCAUGAACGGCUUGGCGGCGCAUUUCUACCACUCGAUAGUUCCUGACUUAUCGUUUGGAGAUUUCAACUGCGCGCCCGAGUGCGCGUUGUUUUCCUCGCACGACCUCCUCAUGGUGAAGGCUCGAUACACCGACGGCGACUUCUGGCGACGGACGAAGGGCACAAGCUACUGGUGCAAGGCGCUCUGGAUCCUGCCCAUCCAUCGUCCUGACGAGCACCAUUGGGUGCUUGCGGUGGUUUACCCGCGAGAGCGACGCGUAGUGUUAUUCGACAGCUUGGGCAGGCGCCGAGGAUGGGACCAUGACCUUCAGCUCAUUAUGAAGUUCGUCUGUCGACUGGUGAUCGCGUCUAAUGCCCAUGGGUUCCCUCUUCCCAUUGUUGUUGAGGAAGGGUGGAGCGCGAGUCCCGUUACCCUCUCGCCACUUCAAAGCAACUCGUAUGACUGUGGGGUAUGGACACUGGCGUGCAUCGCAUCUUUACUGCGCGGCUUUCAUCUCCCAGCAAUCACAGAAAAUGAAGUACACCUCUUCCGUCAUAUUCUCUUGCAGCAUGUACUAGCUCUCCCUGUUGUGUAA